GGAGAGCGCCGGGGAGAGCCGUUUGGGGAGCCCCGGCACCCGCGGUCGCCUCCGCGGCGGCGGCCCCGGGCUGGCGGCUUCCGGGCGCCUCUUUUCUCCAGCCGCUCGGACCGCGCUGCUCACCGCCUCCUUGCCCUGCCUGGGCAUCAGACACCCAGUGCACACCCCAAAGAGCUAUCUUUUGUAAGGCUGGCUAUGAUGAGUGGGCCCAGGAGAUGUGAGACGGGGAGGUAAAAUGCACACUUGCUGCCCCCCAGUAACUUUGGAACAGGACCUUCACAGAAAAAUGCAUAGCUGGAUGCUGCAGACUCUAGCGUUUGCUCUAACAUCUCUCGUCCUUUCGUGUGCAGAAACCAUCGAUUAUUAUGGGGAAAUCUGUGACAAUGCAUGUCCUUGUGAGGAAAAGGACGGCAUUUUAACUGUGAGCUGUGAAAACCGGGGGAUCAUCAGCCUCUCUGAAAUUAGCCCUCCUCGUUUCCCAAUCUACCACCUCUUGUUGUCUGGAAACCUUUUGAACCGUCUCUAUCCCAAUGAGUUUGUCAAUUACACUGGGGCUUCAAUUUUGCAUCUAGGUAGCAACGUUAUCCAGGACAUUGAGACCGGGGCUUUCCAUGGGCUGCGGGGUUUAAGGAGAUUGCAUCUGAACAAUAAUAAACUGGAACUUCUGCGCGAUGAUACCUUCCUUGGCUUGGAGAGCCUGGAGUACCUACAGGUCGAUUACAAUUACAUCAGUGUCAUUGAACCCAAUGCUUUUGGGAAACUGCAUUUGUUGCAGGUGCUUAUCCUCAAUGACAAUCUCUUGUCCAGUUUACCCAACAACCUUUUCCGUUUUGUGCCCUUAACACACUUGGACCUGCGGGGGAACCGGCUGAAACUUCUGCCCUAUGUGGGGCUGUUGCAGCACAUGGAUAAAGUUGUGGAGUUACAGCUGGAGGAAAACCCCUGGAACUGCUCCUGUGAGCUGAUCUCUCUCAAGGAUUGGUUGGACAGCAUCUCCUACUCGGCCCUGGUGGGGGAUGUGGUUUGUGAGACCCCCUUCCGCUUACACGGCCGGGACUUGGACGAGGUGUCCAAGCAGGAACUUUGCCCAAGGAAACUUAUUUCAGACUACGAGAUGAGGCCGCAGACGCCUUUGAGCACCACGGGGUAUUUACACACCACCCCAGCUUCGGUGAAUUCCGUGGCCACUUCUUCCUCUGCUGUUUACAAACCUCCCUUGAAGUCCCCUAAGGGGACCCGCCAACCCAACAAGCCCAGGGCGCGCCCCACCUCUCGGCAGCCUUCCAAGGACUUGGGCUACAGUAACUAUGGCCCCAGCAUCGCCUACCAGACCAAAUCUCCGGUGCCUUUGGAGUGUCCCACCGCGUGCACUUGCAACCUGCAAAUCUCCGAUCUGGGCCUCAACGUCAACUGCCAGGAGCGCAAGAUCGAGAGCAUCGCAGAGCUGCAGCCCAAGCCCUACAACCCCAAGAAAAUGUAUCUGACAGAGAACUACAUCGCCGUCGUACGCAGGAGCGAUUUCCUGGAGGCCACCGGGCUGGACCUCCUACACCUGGGCAACAACCGCAUCUCGAUGAUCCAGGACCGCGCCUUCGGGGAUCUCACCAACCUGAGGCGCCUCUACCUAAAUGGCAACAGGAUCGAGAGGCUGAACCCGGAGUUGUUCUAUGGCCUGCAGAGCCUGCAGUAUCUCUUCCUCCAGUACAAUCUCAUUCGCGAGAUUCAGUCUGGGACUUUCGAUCCGGUCCCAAACCUCCAGCUGCUAUUCCUGAAUAACAACCUCCUGCAAAGCAUGCCCUCAGGCGUCUUCUCAGGCCUGACCCUCCUCAGGCUAAACCUGAGGAGUAACCACUUCACCUCCUUGCCGGUGAGUGGAGUUCUGGACCAGCUGAAGUCACUUAUCCAAAUAGACCUGCACGACAACCCAUGGGAUUGCACCUGCGACGUGGUGGGCAUGAAGCUGUGGGUCGAGCAGCUCAAAGUGGGUGUCUUGGUGGACGAGGUCAUCUGCAAGGCGCCCAAGAAGUUCGCUGAGACGGAUAUGCGCUCCAUCAAGUCGGAGCUGCUGUGCCCAGACUACUCGGACGUGGUGGUUUCCACGCCCACUCCCUCCUCCAUCCAGGUCCCAGAGAGGACCAGCGCGGUGACCCCCGCCGUGCGUCUGAACAGCACCGGCGCCCCCGCGGGCUUGGGCGCGGGCGGAGGUGCGUCGUCGGUGCCCUUGUCGGUGCUGAUCCUCAGCCUGCUGCUGGUUUUCAUCAUGUCCGUCUUCGUGGCCGCCGGGCUCUUCGUGCUGGUCAUGAAGCGCAGGAAGAAGAACCAGAGUGACCACACCAGCACCAACAAUUCCGACGUGAGCUCCUUCAACAUGCAGUACAGCGUGUACGGCGGCGGCGGCGGCUCGGGCGGCCACCCGCACGCGCACGUGCACCACCGCGGGCCCGCGCUGCCCAAGGUGAAGACGCCCGCGGGCCACGUGUACGAGUACAUCCCCCAUCCACUGGGCCACAUGUGCAAAAACCCCAUCUACCGCUCCCGAGAGGGCAACUCCGUGGAGGAUUACAAAGACCUGCACGAGCUCAAGGUCACCUACAGCAGCAACCACCACCUGCAGCAACAGCCGCCGCCGCCGCCGCCACCGCAGCCCCAGCAGCAGCCCCCGCCGCCGCAGCUGCAGCUGCAGCCGGGGGAGGAGGAGAGGCGGGAAAGCCACCACUUGCGGAGCCCCGCCUAUAGCGUCAGCACCAUCGAGCCCCGGGAGGACCUACUGUCGCCGGUGCAGGACGCCGACCGCUUUUACAGGGGCAUUUUAGAACCAGACAAACACUGCUCCACCACCCCCGCCGGCAAUAGCCUCCCGGAAUAUCCCAAAUUCCCGUGCAGCCCCGCUGCUUACACUUUCUCCCCCAACUAUGACCUGAGACGCCCCCAUCAGUAUUUGCACCCGGGGGCAGGGGACAGCAGGCUGCGGGAACCGGUGCUCUACAGCCCCCCCAGUGCUGUCUUUGUAGAACCCAACCGGAACGAAUAUCUGGAGUUAAAAGCAAAACUAAACGUUGAGCCGGACUACCUCGAAGUGCUGGAAAAACAGACCACAUUUAGCCAGUUCUAAAAGCAAAGAAACUCCCUUGGAGCUUUUGCAUUUAAAACAAACAAGCAAGCAGACACACACGGUGAACACAUUUGAUUAAUUGUGUUGUUUCAACGUUUAGGGUGAAGUGCCUUGGCACGAGAUUCUCAGCUUCGGCGGAAGAUACUGAAAGGGUGUGCAAUUUCCUUUUAAUUUUACACGUGGGGAAACAUUUGUGUAAACUGGGCACAUCACUUUCUCUUCUGGCGUGUGGGGGAGGAGAGGAGAAGGGCUUUAUGGAGAACAAUUUGCUGCGCGGGUGAUUAUUAAAGGUCGCAGUCAUAUUUGUAGUGGUUGAAAGUGCUAAGUAGGGAGGAAGAUGGCAGCCCAUAGAUUCUACUCUUCCUCUUUUGUUCCCUUCCCCCCCUUCUUCUUCUCCCCCUUUAAGCCAUGGGUGGGUCUAAAUGGCUUUUGUGGAGAGAUUAGCACACCCCAACUUUAAUAGAAAGUUUGUUCUCUCUCUGUUUCUCCCUCUCCUCCCCCGCCCCUUUCUCUGCCUCCCUGCCUCCCUCCUCUCUCAUUCCUUUCCUUUCUUUUUAAAGGAUGUGUUUGUAUGCAUUCUGGACAUUUGAAUUAAAAAACGAAAGUAUUGUGAUCUUGAAAAGGAUCACCAUAGAUGUGGACAAAUCAUUAAAACUACAGAGCUAUAUGAUCCAUAAUUGAUUAGUCAAAAUAACUUAUUGAUGAAAUAUACAAAUAUUUUAUUGUAGCACCUAUUUUUAUAUGCACAUUUAGCAUUUCUCUUUCCUUCUCUAUUUAGCCUAUGAUUUUCACAGAGGUGUCACACUAUAUUAGGAGCUGCAUUUCCAAAACUGAAGUGAUAUCAGGAAAGCAUUUUAAAUAAUUAAAAAUAUGAAAAACUUAAUGGUAAAAUCUUAAAGCCAAUGCAACCCACCCAAUUGGAUCUGUAAUUUAAAUUUAAAAAAAACAAAACAAAACUGUAUUCCAAUGCUUAAAAUAAAAAAAUUGAGGGCAAUUAAUUGGGCCAUUCAUUCGAGGGAGAAUUGUGUGCAAGUUUCUGUUUUUAUUAGAGAAGAUUUAAAAGUAUUUUUAUUAGUCAACCAAAAUGAUGUAUUGAUUUGACUACUAUUGUAGCCGGUUUUUGAUUGUUUAACCAAACCCAGUUGCAUUUGUACAGAUCCACGUGUACUGGCACCUCAGAAGACCAAAUGAUGGACUGUACAAAUCUCUAUACAAUGUCUGUCUCUCUGGGCAGCAAGCAAUGAUGAUAACCACAAACAGGAUCUCUGUAAGAUGGGGCUACUGUUGUUACAGUCUCAUAUGUAUUCCAGCACAUGUAAUUUUUUAAAUAGUUUCUGAAUAAACACUUGAUAACUAUGUCAAAUAUGAGGGACUGAAGUAAUGAUUACUUAAGGUGCAAAAAGAUUAACCAUGUGUGGUUGACUGAAUCUCCCUUAUUAACAAUUUAGGGCAUAAUAGCUAACUUUUAUGCUUGAUAAAAAAAUUUUCCCCUAAUUAUCAAAUUUUAAAAGUAUAUAUUAUAUAUAUAUAUAAUAUUACACCUUUGUUGGUUCAGGGAAAUACGUUUUUCUAAAUGUGUCAUUUAAUGUGUUUAUUAAUGAAAUUUCAUUUGUGUACUUCCUUUCCUUACUGAAGUAUUCAUCUAAUACAUGGAGCAUGGUAAGUAAUAUAUUGCAUAUUCAUUUUUCUCUCAAUAUUAUGUAUUUUGUCAUGUCAGUAUUAUUUAUUCAGUCUACAGUUUUCCAUAGUUUCCAUAUUUUAACUUGUGUAAAACUAUCUUCAACAAUUAUGAUGGGUAUUUUAUCGGAAGUUGAUCUGUAUCCUAAAUGUGCGAGAUGUUAGUGGAUAUAAGCUGUUCACCUCUGAAUAAGGAUUGCCAGUGAAUUUGGUUAGUAUUUAAGGGUAGGAAAUCUGAAACUUAAAGAGCCAUGUGCUUCAUUGCUAUUGGUGGAUCUCCCCAUAAUCUCACCUGGAAUGUGUACAAUAUCAAGGGCUGUUCAUGAACUUUAUAUUUAAGGAACACUUUCCGUGGCAUUCUGCCACAAAGAGGCAGCAUUCACCCGUAAGUAAAUUGACAGUAACUGCUUGAAUUCAGAUUGAACAGGUGGUAACAGUUUCCCUGAGGAAUUAAAAAAAAAAAAUAGUAAUGCUACAUGGGCCAAGCGAAGUGAGCUAUCCCUCAUUCUCUGCAACAUUUUCUCUUCCAAAAAUUUUUUUCAAAGAGGAAAGAAAUAAACUUAAUAAUGUCAUGAUGUUAUCAUGAAACAAGAUGUAUCUCUUACUAUUCAUCUACCUCCUUCAUAUUAGACCCAAGAUUAGAAAAGAAAUAGAAAUGCUAGCAUUUGACUUCACAAUUGGGGCUGCUGUUAAUUUUUCUUCACAAUGUAAGUUAUUUUUCUUUUAAAAAGACAAAAUCACUUCCCCAAUAUGAUUAUAUGUAAAUAUGACAGUUGUAUAAAUUAUAAAAUAUUAAUGCAAAGUGGAAUCCUCCAUGUAACUAAGUUUUAUUUCUUAAUUGAUGCAUAAAAAGUAAGAGAUGAGAAUUACAUGAAAUGAAAGAUGUAGUUUUGGACAAUAUAAGUAGCUUCCAAAGAAAGUUUGUUGAUAUAUUUUUCAAAACUUUACAAAAUAAUAAUAUUAUUUUCAAACCAGUCCUAUUUCACAUAAUCUUGUCACACUCUCUUUAGGUGGCCCAUUUAUAACUCUGCUCUUCCUAAUGUGUUCAACAGUUUUUUAAUCUUAAAAAUAACCAUUGUAUGAGUUAUGAAAAGAGAUUACUUCUAACUUUUAAAUUAUAUUUUUCCCAACUGUAUUAAGGGAUAAAAGUGACUUCAUCCUUGCUCUAAUAAACUUGAAAUUUUUUAACAUGUAGAAUUAUGAAAUUGUAUAGAAUUGAAAAUGAAUUUUUCUCUCCUUAUACAUGGUUUCCUGCCAAUACAUUAAAUAUACAAAGGAACAUAAGUUGUGUGGUUUUGAAUAUUGAUUUUUAGUUUUUCAGUUGUUCACUGAAUAAAUAAUUAAAUUGGAUAUAUCAGAGGUAUAUGAUUAAAUUAAGGAACCCUGCAAAUUCUCUCCAUAGAAUUUUGGAGAACAACAAUAUGUAAUGUUUCAGGCAUCAAUUAAAGUUUGGAUGCAAACUAAGCUUACUCUUUGUGCUUGUUCUAUUUGAUAUCUUGCAUAACCUUAUACAAAUAUAUUUCCAGGUAGAUAUUGCAAAAUUUUAUUUUUAUCUAUAUAUGCCUAUGGUGUAAAUACUUAAAUUAUCUCAGAGAAAGUAAGUACAUUCCAUGUAAAUGUAGAUAAUUUGUAUGUUAAUAUUCAAAAUAAUUUACAGCUAAACUAUUGAUUGACGUUAUGAGCUAAUCAACUUUAGCAUAAAUUUCAUACUUGGAACACAUCUUUUGUUUAGGCAAGAUUACCAACUUUACACAUGUAAUGUAGAAAAUUUUGGUAUCCAGAUCUGUCCCUCACCACUGUUCCCUCAACCUCGAUAGGAAAAGCAGUCUAGUGUGUAAUGAAAAUAUCCACACAUAAUAUAGAAAAACGUUAAACUUAAUCUAAGAUACCAGUGUCUUGCCCUACAUUAGUAAUUCUAUCCUUGGUAAUAAGCAUAUUAUUCAGAUUAAAUAUAUAUAAUUUUCUUUUCCUAUUCAGUUUUUUCUGACUUUCUUCCUUUUUCUUUACAUCUCCCCCAUUCCUCCUUCCUUCUCGCUUCUUCUUUCACUUCAUUAUUCUUCAGUAGAGCAAGGGAACGAGUAAGAAUAGUUCAGUCCUUGUCUGAAAUGCCAGAAACUGGCUACUUAAUUUCAAGAGCUCAAUGGAUUGUUCCCAAAGUCAUGCAACUCCAAAUUAAUGAAAAUAAAGCAGACCACAACUAUGCUUCUGAUUCAUUUGGAAAUACGCUCUUGUUGAACUUUUCAGAUGGCUCCUGAUUAAGAUAUUUGCAGGAGUGGCAAAAUAUUUGGUAUAACUAAUUUUAAGAAUAAAUUUUACUCUGAAAAAGAGGAAUUAAGAACAACGAAAGAAGCAAUUUAAAUGCUAGAAGACAGAAGCAUUUAAUUAAUUGAUUUUCAAAAGGAAUAAAAUGUUGUGAAAGUGGUAAUCAAAUUGUUAUCAAAUUAACUGUUUAACUUACAGAUAAUGUUCCUCAAACCUCUUGAAGUUCUCUAUUGUUUUGCAAUACAAAUAUACGACAAAAUUAAAGUAGUUGGAUGGAUAUUAGUCCUGUACAUGAAAAUAAUUAUCAAACAUCUAUAUCCAAAAGAACCUCGUAUCACCUAAUAUUGCAUUUGCCAACUGUGCACUUUAUCAUUAAUUUUAUUUUAAUUUAACUCAAUGCCUUUCUAUAACUAUCCAUAUAUAUUUCCUCAAUAUAUGUAGCAUGUAUAUGGCAUACAAAAAUAUGCAUUAUCAAAGAGAACAUUGCAUACUCAAUUUUCUUCUAGAGUUCUUUUAAAAUUUAUUUCAAAUUAUAUUUUCAUGUUCUAUGCUUUAGGAAUGUUAGAGUGGGGAAAAGAAAAGAAUUUUAUGCAAUAUAAUAGUUGAGUGUGACAAUAAAUACAAUACUCUUUUCUUCCCUUGUUCAUAGCAGGCCAUUUGGCUUAUAAGAUACACGUCAAACAUUUUUCAUGGUGACUCUAUCAGUAUUAUAAAAUGAAUAAUUUUUAUACCCAUUUUUUAAAAGAACAAAGUUUAAACUUAAUUUAGUUUAAGAGUAAUUUAGAUUACUUAUGAAAAGUACUUUGGAAGCUCAAAACAUACAUAUUUCAUAGAGAAAUGAGGUAAUGGAAAUAUAGAAUAAUUUGACUUUCUCAUUUUCUAUUUACUGUCAAAAUAAAAAUGCAAUGAUAUAUUGCAUAAUGAUAAGUAUAUCAGACAUAUUUUUAUUAGACACUAGAAAAACCAUUUUAUAGAAGAAAAGUAAUAAAAUAUGUUAAAUGGAAGUCUUUCGCAGAGUUUUUUUCAUAAUUAGGUAUCUUUGUCAGUGAAUAUGAAGGAAUAUUAUAUAUUUCUACUAUAAAAUAAAUGUAUACUGUUUCAAAAUUACACACAUGUAAUUCUAAAUGUGGAAAUUAUGAAACAAUGUUUUCAAGGAUAAAUUUUUUUUAAUUUAACAUAAAGAAAUGAAACUGUGGCUUUAUCAAAUUGAAAGCUCAUUAGUAUCUUGGUCUACUUUUUUUUUUUUUUUUGAGGAAGAUUAGCCCUGAGCUAACUACUGCCAAUCCUCCUCUUUUU